UUUCCGUAAUAUCUCAUGUACCAUUCCGAACCUGAUAACGGUCGCGUUAGGGUUUUUUAAAAAUCCUAAAGCGAAAAACCCUCUAGGGUUUUGGAAAUAGCUGCUUUUCGUGACCAAAAUUUUCUCCAUUCGGAAGAAAUGGGUUUCUGGGGAAUUGAAGUCAAACCUGGAAAACCGCACCCUUAUCACUCCGACAAUGUGCGGGGAAAGCUUCACAUUACUCAGGCAACUUUAGGCCUUGGAUCAUCUACAGAGAGGGCUGUACUUCAGUGUUCUGUAGGACACAAGAGCCCAAAUAUCUUGUGUUCCUUGUUGCCAAAUCAGAAUGAGACUUGCUCCUUAGAUCUUAAAUUUGAUGAAGAUGAUGAUUUAGUCGCUUUUUCAGUAAUUGGCCCACGAAGCAUCCACCUCUCUGGUUACUUUGUUGCCGCUGAUGGAGAUCACCUAAGAGAUGAAUAUGAAUCUGAUUCUUAUGGGGAGGAUAUUGCUGAGACUGAGUCAGAAGAUGAGUCCUCUGAUUAUGAUUCUGAAGAUGAGUAUGAAGAUGACUUCAUAGAUGAUGAUGAUCUUGAAUUUUUUCCACCUUCACCUGUACCAAAUAGUGGAGUUGUAAUUGAGGAGAUAGUGGAUGAUCACAAACCUACAAAUGGAAAUGUGGAAUCUAAACGAUUGAAGAAAAAGAAUAAAUCAAUGGACUUUGAGGACAGAAGCAACUCCCAGCAGCAGCUUGUUGUCAAGAGAGGUGCUGGUGUAACAGUUUUGGAAAGUGAAGAUGAAGAUGGCUUUCCAGUUUCUGCUUCACAUAAAAGUGAAGAUGCUAUUCAAGAGCCUCAACCAGAAACAGAGAAACAGAGAGAAAAAAUAACAGCUGAAAAAGACAAGAAGCCAACAAAAGAUGGUAGUGAAAAGAAAAGAAAAGUUAAAAGAACUGAUGAAGAUGGUCUACAAGAAAGGAAAAAGAAGAAGAAGAAGAAGCAGCAAAAAGAAAAGGGUACAGAUAACAUCAAUGGUUUGCAGGACGAAGUUCAGCCUCUGAAGGUAGAGAGCCAGGAUCCAGAGCAGGUUUUGCCUAUUGGAAACAAACAUGAUCAGCCAUCCAAUGAUAUGGUCCUUGAUUCAGAUGCAGACAAUGUGCCUGGUGAGAACCAUGCCGAGAAGAAGAAGAAAAAGAAAAAAAAGAAGAAGAGUGCCCAGGAGAAUCGAGUGGAUGCAAAUGCAGCAGUUUCACAAGGUAGAGAUAAGGAUACUUCCACUUUGAAGUCUGAAGAGAAGCAAACUGCUGGCAAGUCUUCUCAAGUGAGAACCUUUCCAAAUGGAUUGGUCAUUGAGGAGUUAGCAAUGGGCAAACCCGAUGGUAAAAGAGCAUCUCGUGGGAAACAGGUUAGUGUCCACUAUAUUGGGAAGCUCAAGAAGAAUGGAAAAAUAUUUGAUUCCAAUGUGGGAAGGGCCCCUUUUAAAUUUCGUCUAGGUGUAGGAGAAGUCAUUAAAGGAUGGGAUGUUGGGGUCGAAGGCAUGCGAAUUGGGGAUAAAAGAAAACUCAUAAUUCCACCAUCCAUGGGUUAUGGUUCUAAGGGUGCUGGCAGCAGGAUACCUCCAAAUUCAUGGCUCGAGUUUGAUGUUGAGUUGGUUGGAGUUCGCUGAUUAGCCUACUCUUUUUCUUACCUCCCAAGCCCUGGAAAAGGUUUUUCACUGCUUUGAGUUACCUUGAGCCGGAAAAGAAGGAAUGAGAAAACAAUCUUUGAUUGUCUUGCAAGUUCACAAGUUCAUCCGAUAGUCUGUCUCAAUUCUGAAUGGUGUGACUGUGAGGGAAGUCGUGAUGACAAGUUUUGGCAGAAAGACUGAUUUGCUUCAGCUGAAAGAAAAUAGGAAAUUUUGAAUGAAACGUUUGCUCUUUAUGUUGUUUGUCUCAACGAUAGAAAAACCUUGGAUAGAUACUCAUGUUUUAUCUAUUGAUUAUUGAGGUUAAUGCUAUAAGAAAAUUUUUAGCGAAAAAA